GACAAUCCACCACGAGGCCUUCGUUGUUUGAUAGAACGAACUACACUUAUUGGAAGGAGCGGAUGAGGAUUUACAUCCAAUCCACCUACUUUCUCCUGUGGAGAAUCAUCAAGAAGGGCGAUGAUGUGCCUAUGAAGAAGGAAAAUGAGAAAAUCGAUGAGAUGUUUGAACGAUUCUAUAAAAUCGUCAACGACCUUCAUGCUCUCAAGAAGACAUACACAGACAAGGAGCUCGUAAGAAAAAUCCUACAAAGUCUCACACCGGAAUGGCGCUCUAAAGACGAUUCUAUCCAAGAGUCCAUUGGCAUCACCAACAUCACCAUCGACGGGCUUAGAGGUAACCUCAAAACCGAUGAGUCUACCAUCCUUUUUCCCUCUUUAGGUGAACAAAAGAAGAAGGGGAUUGCACUCAAGGCUUCCACAAACCAAGAACCCACCAUGGAGGUAUCAAGCGAUGAAGACAACGAGUUCGGGCUUGUUAUCAAGAAAUUCCACAAGUUCAUGCGAAAGGAGUAUGAACGAAAGGGCAAGAAACAUGUAGGACCACCCAAAUGCUAUGGGUGUGGAGAAAUUGGGCAUAUCAAGCCAAAAUUCCCAAAUGCCAAAAACGAGAAGGAGAAGAAACCGUUCAAGAAGCACCGAGCUUACAUCUCGUGGGGAGGUGAUUCCGACGACGAAUCAUCGGAAGGCGAAGAAAACGAAAGCGCCAACCUUUGCCUCAUGGCACACGAGGAACUACCGGAAGAGGUAUGGCAAUUGUGGAGUGAUGGUGCUAGCAUUUCUAGAGUAUUUAUUGCUAGCCUUACCAUUAAGCCCGGACUACAGUUCUGAACACAUGGCUGAUUUCUGAUGUCAAUUUGCAGCUAGGUUAUGGCGUGGAAGGAAAACACCCAAUAUUUAGCAUUUUUACUUUACAAUUUUAGGGGUCUUUAAUUUUUGUGAAACUCUUUGUAAUGGUUUAUGUGCUUUGUAAUGUAU